AUGAGACAAGAUAAUCCUAUGGUUGCACCCUCCUUAGUUGGUGAUUCUGUAAGAAAUGUUGAUGAUGCCCAUUCUAGCGAAUCAAGAGACGAACCAAUUGACCAUGCAACUUCAUCAUCAAUGGUUCUGAACAAAAUUCAACCCCAAAGUGGCUCAGUUGAUGGCUCCUAUACAACUGUCGAUGAAUUGAACCGUGAAGGUGCUCUUUUAACGGAUGAAAUGGAUAUGGAUCAAGUCGUCAAUGCAACUGAUAAAGUUCAUGAAGAUCCUGAUGAGCAUAGAAAGUGGCUCAAAUCUUUAAAGAAGAAACAAUUGGAACAAUCCAGAGAUCAUAGCAACAAUAAUAACAACAAAAGCAAUGGAUCUUUAACUGCUUCACCUGUACAUUCCUCGGAGUCAAAAUCGUUGUUAGGUUCUGUGGAUUUGGGUGACGAUCAAAUUACCUUUUCACCUCAAUCUAAAUCAAGGAGUGCUAUUAGAAACUCCUAUGGUGAAUUUAUUAGGGAUGAAUCCCAUAGACCUCAUUUGGCAAAAGGUGAAUCGUAUCAAUCUGCUGGUGGUACAGGAGAAACAUUACCAAUUGAUGAAAAGGAGGAAAGAUUAGGUAGACGUACUGCAAGAUCAUUGGAUACCGGUUCUAGAGAAUAUUUGAGAUCACUUUCCAGAUCGCUCAGCAGAGAUCCCGCUGCACAUAGGAGAAACCAACAGGUUUCUACCGCCGAAGCAGGAGAAAGUUUGGAAAAUGCAAGGCUAUAUAGUACCAACAAUUAUUCUAUCUCUCAAGCUGAUCUUGAGCAUGCUCCUCAUAUUAUUCAAACCUUGAAAGAAGAACCAGAAGAGUCAGAAGAAUCUCACAAUCAUCAUAAACAUGUUCAAACGCCUAAGAGAUCUAACGCAUCACCAUCUUCAAAGGAUACAAUCUCGGAGGAACACGCGACGCACGAAGCGAGGCAUCUUUGA